CAGCAAGAUAGCGACAAUUCACCCGAUUCCAAAGCACUCGCCGGCAUUCAGUGGCACCUCACGGAUGUGACCGCCUGGCUGGAGUGCCACCAGAAGGACGCUCUCGCCGUGCCUGAUAUCCUGCGUUGGGUCAAACAGCUACAAGUAUUGAUUCAACAGCGCUGCGAUGCUGGGAGAAUAGGGCAAGCGUUCUGGUACUACAGAGAGGCCAAGGCUGAUGAAUCAGGUUGUCGACCACCAAUGCCUUGGCUUUUCUCUGGAACGGACCAACAAUCGCAUAAAGAAUGGGAGCCGCAAGACCCUUUCUUUAUUGAUGACCACGACCGGUGUUGCAGAUUGAUCCAGUCUUCUCUAAAUGAGAAAGAGGUCCAACGUCAGCUAGUCACCCGCGUCUUCAACCCCAGCCGGUGACACACAGCUUGGAUUGCAGCCGGGCCAACCGGAUCCUACAUCAACAUCAAGCUCCGGACAGCUGAUGGCGAAGAUGCGUUAACUGUUCCUAUAAUAAUGGAAGGUACCGAGGUCAAGUACCAGCUCCUGAUGGACCCUUCCAAAAGUUAUUCGGACGGCGAGCUGAAUUCAACAGGUCAUGUUGUUAUUAGGGUCAUUAGGGUCGUUAAAGACUUCAAGGCGCUGCGUGCAAGCUAUGAGGAUAGUGUGAGCGGCGUUCUCAAGGGCUGCAGGGUUGUCGCCACCACGCUCAACAAUGCAUGACAAGAUAUCCUUUGCUUGUCUCGAUUUACGCCUCAGUUUGUCGUCGGCGAUGAGGUCUGGUAGUGCC